GAACUCACGGAUCUAACACAUUUUGACCGUUUGUUGACGUAAAUAAGCAAAGUUGCCAAGUCUGCGUCUCAGCGAAGUUCAACAUAUUUAUGAAAGGAGCAGACAAGCGUGGGUACAAAUCACUGCUCACCUUAUUGGAUGUCGGUGUCAGCGUCAGAGUUUUGGCGCGCCUGCACGUUACCGGGAGCGCACAGUCAUCCCCGGAGGUCUGAGAAAGGAUGGCGAGCUGCACGCAUGUUUUCCAGAUCUCUGGGAUCAAGAACCGUGAGAAGAAGAGAGCUUUGGUCCAGGGAAUCCAGCAGCUGGGUGGGAAAUACAUAGGAGGCUCAGUCUAUCAGCACGGCAGCACCCAUCUCAUCAUCCCUCAGGUGUUGUCCAGCGAGAAGUUUUUGGCAGCCUGUGCUGCAGGAAAGUGGGUUGUGACUCCAGACUAUGUGUUGGACAGCGUUAAGAAUGGUUCCUGGCUCGCGGAAGGACCCUAUGAAAUUUCCAUUUCCACAUGUGCCACAUCUGCCUUCCACCCUGUCAGGCAGUGGAGGGAGAAGGUGGCCAGCGGGAGGCUGACAGGGGCCUUUCAGGGCUGGACGGUUCUCCUCAUGGUCCAGGAGCCCACCCGCAGGGCCAUGUUCAAACGGCUCCUAAAAGCAGGCAGGGCCAAAGUAUACAACAGCCCUCCUCCCUCUAAUGCCACUGUGACUCAUGUCAUGGCUAAACCAAUCACAGAGGACUCAAAAUCCCACAAUGCUCCUUGCUACCCUGUAAGCCACAUUGUCCAGCACCUCUUUGGGAGUAAUUGUGUGGAUAUGAAGUUCAACAUAACGGAUGAUCAUCCAGCUGAGAUGAAUCAGGUUGAUGUUGACUUCUCUCAACUGGAGACAGAGCUCAGGGACUAUGUCAUCAAACAUGAGGGCCGACCGAGACUGUUCUUCCUCGAAUUCCUGGGUUACUGUGACCCGUAUCGUCCACAGUCUCAGGCAACAGAAACAGACUUCAGCAAUGUUGGUACUAUGAUAGAGUGCGGGUUCUUCAUUGAAGCCUUGGACUCAAUCAGAAGCGCUGUGUUCCCAGGUUUGCUGCCACCAGCGUCGUACCUGCUCUCCCUCUUAGAGUACGCACAGCAGGGAAACGCCACAUCUGUCUUCCUGAGAAAUUUCCUGCAGGUCAUGUAUAACCUGCUCGUCACCAACCCUCCCUGGCUGGCUCCCAGCACAGUGAAGAGAUAUUUUACCCAGGUGUUGCAGUGUCCUCGGUGUAAGACGGGCCUGUGGCCUUUUCUAGAGACAGCCAUCAGUUACUGCCUAUCCAGUGAGGUAACCUGUCACCCCCUCCCUGGACCUGCUCUGCCAACACUAUUACAGUUUCAUAGUGACCUCCUGGCAUUUCUCCUCAAGCUCUUCCAGGGAGAACUGCACUCUGUCACCACCGGGGAUUUUGUGCUGCCUGAGGCAACAGGAAUCCCUCAGGCUCCAGCUUCAGGAUCUUUGCUGUAUGGAACCUUCUGGACUGUGUGGGAGCGCUCCACGCUGUUGUCCCGAGCUGUGAAACAACUAACCAAGCUGUUGGUGCAGGCUGCCGUCGAGGACUUCGCUGAGGGAGGUGAAAAGCAGAAGCUGCAUUUGGCGGACACCCUGCUGGACCUCCUGUCUGUGUUGGUGGAGUUCUGGUGUCAGCAGAACUGCAAACUGAACCAGAACCUGGUGGAAAAAGGCCUGAAAGACCUAGCAGAGCACUUUGCCGUUAUAAGCCAGGAUGUGUCUCCUGUGGUGCUGGAGGAGCUGGUUAUCAGGAUUCGCUCUGUCAGACUAAAGCUGGUGAUGGCUGAUGCCAUAUUCAGGAAUCUUUGCUGCAGAAAUGGAUUCACAGUUGGAGAUGAUUCCCUCUCUCUCAAGAAAAUGGUGCUGUCCUACCUGCCCGCUCUGGGGAGUUUGGCUCAGAGUCCCACCGGUGCUCGUGUCAGGCCUGGACACACCUCAAACAUCUGCACCAGCCAGGUGACCGGCUGCAGUGCUCAGAGCUCUUUGGUGAAUGAAACAAGCCUGGAGAAAGAGAACAUCCCCAGAGGUUUGAACAGAGUCAACGCAGCAGGAGAGACCCUCCUCCACAGAGCUUGCAAGAGGAACCAAGUGGAAACGGUGCUUCAGAUCCUGGCGCUUCCUGGCACGGACGUCAACGUUAAAGACCACGCGGGCUGGACGCCUCUGCAUGAAGCGUGCAACCAUGGCAGCACUGCGUGCGUGGAGGCUCUGCUAUGUCACCGCCCCGCCCCUGUGCUCAGCAACCAGGUGGGCGGGGUCAGUCCGCUGCACGACGCCGUGCUAAACGGGCACACGGACAUCGCCAAAAUGCUGCUGGAGCACGCAGGCUCAGUUCUCCUGCAGCAGACCGAUGGAGACGGCCGGACAGUGCUGGAUCUGGUCUCAGCAACAAGUCAGAGGGAGGAGCUCCUCCAUAGUGCCGAGGUCGGAGACUCGGCCCUGAGAAACAGGGUAGUGACUGACGUCUUGAACCUGCCCCUCCUUGAGGCCGGAUGCUCUAUGCUGGCCCACCUCAUUUUCUCCUAUCGGCAAGAGAGGGGCCUGUCCUGGUGCGUGCAGCCCAGCGACCAAUCCCACAGCCUGGGCUGCAGACUGGUCAGGGCCCUGGAAGCGCACUCCCUCCAAAAAGUGACUGUGGGCUGGACGGACCAGCGGGCCGUGAGGCUCCUGGAGGACACAGAGACUCUGCUGGAGCUCGGCAGAGGGAGUCACCUGGGGCAGGUGUCUCGGGCAGUGAAAGAGUGCAAAGGAGAGAACACACAGUUCCUAAUGGAGAUCCUGGAAGAUCUUAAGUCUUGGGGUGAAGCAUUACUGGCUGACCUGUGAUAUAGAAUCAAUGGACGACUCACUGAAAAAGAUCUGAAUGUACAACUGAAGACAAAUCGGUUAUAUAGACCUGUUAUUUAUAUGAUCAUACAAUUCACCAAGGCCUUAAAAUGACAACAGACACCUUCUGGCCUUGUGUGCCUGCAGAAUAUUGUGCCCUUCUACUGUCUUUCCAUUCAGGUAAAUGGCUGAGCAUGUGUUGUGAAACUUACUGCAGCUCAUUUCCACAGAGAAAAUAUUUUAUACUUUUGCUUAUGACGACAUGUUUCGGGUAUAUUUUACCACCUUUGUUUUGCUUUAAAAUAUUUUAUCCUUUGUGAAUAGAGAAGUUUAUUUAUGUUGAUGUUUUUACACUAACAUUUCUGUAUAGACUGUCACUACCUCAGGUUCUGGUUUUCUACAGCAACUUUUUUUAGUGUAAUAAUUUUUUUUCAUGUUGAUAACUAUUACAAAAAAUGAAGCCAACUUAACUGACUAUUAAAGUCUUGUCCCAAUAAUUUGAUCAGCAGUGAUCAAGUAUCUCUUUACCAAUAAAUCAGGGGAUAUGGAUACUGCGGCGUGAGGCUGAAAGGUGCUCUGACAAAUGGAGCGGCUUCAUGUGAGGGCCACAGUCCUCCUGAGAUGUUUGAGGCUCUGAUGUGCACUCAGGGUCUCAGCCACACAGACAGCGUGAGGAAUGAGCCACUUCCUGAAGCUGAACGUGAGUGAGGAAAGGGGCUCAGGCCUGCUUGUUGGGGUGGGUCGAGUGGGCGGCGGUGAGAGGAGGGGAUCUGAACCUGAAGUGUGAACACAGUUGGUAUCUGAGACGGAGAUGAAUGGCCUAAUAUUCCU